UUUAAUGCUCGAAGAAGUGAACCACUGACUGUGCUGUUGUAGUCAUUCGCUUUUGGUUGUUGUCGUGUUCAGAGUAAACUGGACCAACGCUGAAGACAGACGGAAGGUUUUGACAGCCGUAUGGGACAAAACAGUUCACAGGGAACCAGAAUGACUUCACCUGUCCGUGUCAUCGUGGUGGGUGCUGGAUGUCGAGGGGAGAUCUACUCCAAGUAUGCAUCCAUCCACCCUGAACGCAUGAAGGUUGUUGCAGUUGCUGAUCCAAGGAAAUUUGCUCGCACUAAACUUCAACAGCAACACAAAAUAGUGGAUGAAAACACAUUUGACAACUGGCAGAGUAUAGUUGAAAGAGAGAAGUUUGCAGAUGCUGUGCUAAUUUGUACUCCAGACCACCUUCAUAAGGAACCUGCUGUGGCCUUUGCAAAGAAGGGCUACCAUAUUCUGCUGGAGAAGCCAAUGGCUACGACUGCCGAAGACUGCAAGGCUGUUGUGGAGGCUUGCACUAAGAGUGGUGUGAUACUGUCAGUGGGUCAUGUCCUCCGAUAUGAUCCCGUCAUCCACAAGAUAAAGGAGCUGAUAAAUGCUGGAGUUAUAGGUGAUGUGAUUCAUAUUCAGCACUUUGAGCCGGUUGGGUUUUAUCACUUUGCUCACUCAUUUGUUCGAGGAAGCUGGAGGAACGAAGCUGAGAGCUCUUUCGUUCUUUUGGCCAAAUCGUGUCAUGACAUUGACCUAAUAUACGACUGGGUUGGAGCACGGAGGUGUGUGAAAGUAUCAUCAUUUGGAUCUGUCAGCCACUUCAGGAAAGACAACAAGCCACCAGGUGCUGCAGAUCGCUGCCUGGAUUGUCCAAUAGAAAGAGACUGUCCAUACUCGGCACGCAGAAUCUACCUGGACAGAGUGAAGCAGGGUCACACUGGCUGGCCUGUAUCAGUCAUAUGUCCGAACUCAUUGCCUGACAUCGAGUCGGUGACUGAGGCUCUGAGGACUGGACCAUAUGGACGCUGUGUGUACGAGUGUGACAACGAUGUCUGCAGUAACCAGGUUGUUAACAUGGAGUUUGAAGGGGGUCUGACAGCAGCCUUUUCCAUGGUAGCCUUCACCGAGGAGAUAUGCAAGCGAAAAACGACCAUCUGUGGCAGUAAGGGGGAGCUGUCAUAUGAUGGCCAUGAGGUACGCGUGUUUGACUUUCUGACCCAGAGAUCCACAAAGCACACAGCACACAGUAAUACUCCCAGGCAGUUUGGCAUGAGUGGGCACGGUGGAGCAGACUAUCACCUUAUUGAUGCCUUUAUUUCUGCUGUGGCGAACAAUGAUCCAUCCCUGACGCGAUCGGGUCCUGAGGAGACACUGCUGAGCCAUUUGCUGGUGUUUGAAGCUGAGCGUUCGCGACUGGAGGGCAGGGUGGUGUACUGUGACGUCAGCCAGAGCUAGAUGGCUGAAAAACACUUUGCCAUGAAAAUUACGUCACCUUAAAAAUCAAAAACUAUGAAUAUAUAUGGACGAUUGAAGACACAGUUAGACUUAUAAACGAAAGGCCAAAUCUUAAUGUAUUUCUGAUGAUUAAUUUGUUUAUAUUGCUCAGGGAUUUUAACUGUGUGUUUGAGUGACAGAGUGAAUGAGUGAGCCUGGUAAGUUUUACAAUUUUAUAAGUACAGUGUAAUGUAAUGGUAUGUAAUGGUAUUUUCUGAGUAACUAAUGUUCAUGUAUUGUCAUAUAAUUUCUACUAAAAUGAUGGAAAUCUUUGUAAUUUAAAUUGUUUUUAAAUCAUU